AUGACGACGAGAUGGAGUAGAUCGAAGAAGGUAAGAAGAAUUUUUCAGCAAUUUGAUUUUAGCAGAGAUGGUGGCUUCAACAGAGAAGAGAUGUUUGUUGUCGCUGUAAACCCUAGGGUAAAAUUCAGUGACGAACAAAUCAGCGCUAUCCUUGACGAGGUUUACCGAACGUUCGACGACUUCGUUAGCUUUAGAAGAGGCUUCCACUUCAUUGGUGCUGGAAAGGGCUUCAUUUUUCUCAAGAGAAUUAGAAUGAUCCAAAUUAGAUAUGAUGAGGGUGAUGAAGGAAGGGAUUAUGUGGGUUGUCUUAAUCUCUUUGAGCUAAUAAACUGGUUGAAAGAUUUCUUGAUGGGUUUGUAA